AUGCUUGACACCAAAGGCCAGGGCGAUUACAUUGGCGAGCAAAUAUCACAGCUAGCUCACAGUCUCCAAGCGGCUCACCUCGCGACAACCAACAACGCCGACGACGAAACUGUUCUUGCAGCUCUGCUUCACGACAUUGGCCAAUUUCUUCCUGCGCUUGAGAUCCAGUCCAUCGCGCGUGAAGUGCGUAGUAUGAGCACUGGUGGGGUUGGUAGGAUCGGACAUGAGCGGAUAGGCGAAGAGUACCUCCUUAAGCUGGGUUUCUCGCAAAAGAUUGGAUCUUUGGUGGGAUCGCACGUUGCUGCGAAGCGUUAUCUAUGUGCGGUUGACCCGGCAUACCAUAGCACACUGUCGGAGGCAAGCAAGAAGUCCCUCAUUUUCCAAGGCGGACCAAUGCAUGGCGAAGAGCUGGAGCAAUGGGCGGCGAAUCCCUGGUGUCCAGACAUGGUUAGGCUCCGCAAAUGGGAUGAUGGCGCGAAAGUGGUAGGCUUGGAAGUCGCGCCUGCUGAGGCAUACUUGGAAAUGAUGGAGACACAUCUUUCUCGAUAG